GGAUGUUUAAUUUCUCUUAAAAUUUUCAAUUUAAUAUUUCUUUUCGUAUCUUCACCAGACAAGUAAAAACGCAGCCUCCAUUUUCUCUCGUCGCCUCCUCAGGCGAUUACCGAUUCCUUGCCGUCGAUUGCUCGCCGCCGACUUCCAUCAUCGGAUACCGUCGCACCCACAGAUACGGAUUCAGAAACUCACGAGAACAUUGAAAAUCAAGAAUUGAACUUGGUUGUUCCUGCAGUCUCUAAGUAUGACAGUGUUAAAGAGAUACGUGCUAAGGUUAUUCAUGUCAUUGAAAUACGUUACUGCAAACAUAGUGGACAGGAACAAUGGCAGAAUAGUUGCAACAGCUUCAACAGUUGAACAAUCGAUAAAAACAUCACUUGAAUGUGGUAGAACAUGUAAUGCCAAAGCUGCAACAGUUGUGGGUGAGGUGUUGGCUAUGAGGCUAAAGGUAGAAGGUCUUGAAUCUGGUCAAGGAAGAGGCAUUCAUGUAGAUGUCAACAAAGAACUUGAGAAAAAAGAUUUUAAGAACAGAACAAAGGUCUGGGCUGUUAUCAAUUCCCUCAAGAACAAUGGAGUCAAACUCAUACUUGAUGAGACUAACGACACUUCAAAGCCAAGUUAUUAAAUCUAUAUUCGUUAUUACUCGUUUAACUUGGUGAUGUUUUGUAUGUAAGAUGGGAAACUGUAUUUGGGUUUUGAAUGACAUUUUCCAUGUCAUCUUAUAAAGAAAAAGAUAAAAUGCAUGUAUUUUUUGUAAAACAUAAAGUUAUAUAAAAACAGAAUAGAACUUGUGUAUUGGCAAAAAAGGUCAAUUUAAGAUAGAGAAGAUGAAUUAUUAUGCGUUUAA